AUGGGGGGAAGGGGAGAAGUGCAGGGUGAGGCAGUGGGAACGAGUCAGUCCUUCCCUGGCAGGAGAAGUGGCAGCAGGAGGAAGCAAGCGCCCAGCCACUGCAACCCCAACACAGCCCUGGGCGCCGAGAAAAUGCCCGGGCUUGGUAGCUCAGGUGUUCCGGCACCGGCGACUUUCGGCAACUCACACGCGCCGCCCCCACCCCAGCCGCGACUCCAGGCCCUGCUCCGGCUCCGGCCGCGGCUGUUCCUGAUGUGCUGGUGGCGACGGCGGCGGCAGCGGCGCCGGCCGCGGGCUCCAGACCCGGGCCAUCGCUUUGGCCCCAGCUCACUUCCUCCUUGGCAGUGGCCGCCGGCGCCGCCUGCCAGUAAACCGCGCUUCCAUUGGUCGCCCGCCUGGAAGCUUUUCACCAAAUCCCGCCUUCAGUGGUACCCCGCCCUCCAGUCCCCCCGCCUGGACCCCAAGGAUGAGGAUGUCCUGCAGAAGCUGCCCAUGAGGACCACCACCACGCUCUACUUCCGGGACCUGGGGGCCCAGAUCAGCUGGGUGAUGAUCUUCCUGACCGAGUUCGCGGGGCUCCUUUUCAUCUACCUGCUCUUCCACUUCCACAUGCCCUUCAUCUAUGGCUGCAAACACGACUUCACGUCCAAUGGGCACCUCGCCUGCACCUGCCACUCAUUCCACUACAUCAAGCGCCUGCUGGAGACGGUCUUUGUGCACCGCUUCUCCCACGGCACCAUGCCGCUGCAGAACAUCUUCAAGAACUGUACUUACUACUGGGGCUUCGCUGCUUGGAUGGUAGACAUCAAGCACCCGCUCUACAUACCUCCCACUUAUGGAGCUCAGCAGGUUAAGCUGGCGCUGGCCAUCUUUGUGAUCUGCCAGCUCGGCAACUUCUGCAUCCACAUGGCUCUCUGGAACCUGCAGCCAGCGGGGUCCAAGGCCAGGAAGAUCCCAUACCCCACCAAGAACCCCUUCACCUGGCUCUUUCUGCUGGUGUCCUGCCCCAGCUACACCUAUGAGGUAGGCUCCUGGAUCGGCUUUGCCAUCAGGACGCAGUGCCUCCCAGUGGCCCUCUUCUCCCUGGUGGGCUUCACCCAAAUGACCAUCUGGGCCAAAGGCAAGCAACGCAGCUACCUGAUGGAAUUCCUCACUACCCACCCCUCCCCUGCACUCACCCAUCAUCCCUUCCUGCUCUGA